UUGCCAUGACUAUAAAACACGCGGCGCGAGCCGGUUGCCGACAGAAAACGAUUGCAAUUGUAGUUAGCGCGAGUCAGCGUGAAUCGUUGAUAGAAAGCAAAUCGUCUCAUUAUCAAAUCUCAGCCAAGAGUUUCGAUUGAUUUCGUUCGAGACUUCCCGUUUCCCGUGUCUCUUUUGCGAGUCUCUCUUGAGAAAGCCAACAUGUCUCUGGUACCGCUGCUGUUCUCCAACUGGUGGGAAGAUCUGGAAUAUCCGCACCGAGUCUUCGAUCAGAACUUCGGUUUGGGCGUUCAUCCGGAGCAGCUGACGAACCCGAGUAUCAUCGAGCAUUUCGCGGUGCAGCCUAACCGGCGUCUACGCCCGGCGCAUCUGCUGGCGAGUUACUACAAUCGACCAUGGGGCGAACUGUUGCGCAGCAGGGAACAGGGUGGCAUAUCCACCGUUAAGUCGGACAAGGACAAGUUCCAGGUAAUCUUGGACGUGCAACAGUUCAAGCCGGAAGAGAUCAAUGUCAAGGUCGUGGACAAAUUCGUGGUGGUCGAGGCCAAGCACGAGGAGAAGCAGGACGAGCACGGCUGGAUCUCACGGCAAUUUGUGCGCAAAUACAUGAUACCUGAACAGUGCGAUAUCGAUCAGGUGACGUCGAGCCUGUCAUCGGACGGCAUGCUGACCGUUACCGCGCCCAGGAAGGACAAGCCGAAGGCGCAGAACGAGCGGACGAUCAAGAUCGAGCAUACCGGCAAGCCGGCGAUCCAGGAGAAGGCGCAGGAGAAGGCUCAGGAGAAGGCGCAGGAGAAAGCUCAGGAGAAGAAGAAGUAAAAGUACGAGUCGAAGAGAAAAGACUUAAUCGUAUAUAUGUGUAUACACUACGUGUUGUUUCUAUGAAACGUUAUUCCUCUGCUUUAUUCAUUUGCGUUCGAGUAUUAUUUUUCUCUCUAUGUCAUGUAAGAACAAAUAACAGUCAUGAUUAUAUUUCUUUUUUCACUUUCAUCUUAUGAGGUAGCGGAAUUAUUCGAAUAAAUUAUUCGGUGAAUCUUAA